AAGAGCAGAAAAGGUCUCUGGAACACAACAGAACUUUGGUAAGAAGAGAAGAUCAAGCAUGCAGGACUGUGGACUCCAGUGGUAAAAGAGAUAUAAUUAUUUCUUGCAUUGAUGAAGUUGGAUGAGAAAAAGCAAACAGAACAGAUUGUCCUUGUGUCCUCAGCCUCAUCAUACUGUCCACCCUGUGAAAGGUCUCCAAGUGACUCACUAACAGACAUCCAGCUCUGCAAGGUGUGACUGAGUAAGAAACAGUGGAACAAGAAACAAGACCCAAGUAAAACCAUCUGGCAGCAUUCAGCACUAUCACACAGGUCCUCCUCCCCAUAGUGAGUUCAUGAUCUCCAGUGAAUGAUCAUUGCCUGGUGUUUCACUGUCACUCUGAGACACAUCCAGUUCUGCAGGUGACCUGGAAUGACAGGAUCAGUGAUGAACAUCAGUUGGUCUGAGUGUCUCCGUUUGAUCCUCUUUCUUCUCCAACUCACCACUGUCUCCACACUGGAGAGGUUCGAGGUUCUUGGUCCAGCUGAUCCUGUAGUUGCUGUAGCUGGUGAAGAUGUUGUUCUGCCCUGUUACCUCAAACCCAACAUCAGUGCUGUGGACCUGAGUAUCCAGUGGUUACAACUUGAUUCCAGCAAUAGACUUGUACAUCUUUACCAGGAUCAUGAGGACAGAAAUGAGAAUCAGAUCCCAUCCUACAGGGGAAGGACAUCACUGUUCCCUGAGGAACUGAGGAACGGAAACACUUCACUAAAGGUGAAAAAUGUGAAAGGAUCUGACAAUGGAGAGUAUAAAUGCUUGGUCCAGUCUGCAGAAUGGUAUGAUGAUUAUUCCAUUAAUGUUCAAAUUAAAGCUAUUGGAACCCAACCAGUGAUCUCCAAUGAGGGAUACAAAGAAGGAGGGAUCAGUCUGGUGUGUGAAUCUAAAGGCUGGUACCCUCAGCCUGAGGUGGUUUGGAUGGACAGUGAAGGACACAGUCUCCCUGCUGGACACACAGAGACACACACAGACAGUAUGGACCUCUUCACCGUGAGACGACGUGUUAUUGUACAGGAGACAGAGACCAACAGGUUCACCUGUCGAGUUCUACAGCAACAGUUAAAUGAAAUUAAAGAGACAAUGACUGAAAUCCCUGGUGAGAUGUUCCAUCGUGCCCAUCCCUGGAAGGUGACCUUUGCUGUGAUCUUCAGUCUGGCUGUUGUUUGUAUUAUUGGAUGCACAAUUUUGAUUCACCGUUUUGUAAAACUGCGGAGAAAGAGAGGUGUACUCAUGAAACAGGAUGGUGAGCUCAUGAUACAGGAUGAUGACUGUCUAAAUAGGCUUCUGAGUUGGUAUCACAGUUUUUAUGACGAUGAACCAAAGGCACAAAGAUACGCAGCUGAUGUGACUCUGGACCCUGAUACAGCACAUCCUCAACUCGUCCUGUCUGAUGACAGGAAACAAGUGAGAUAUGGAGACACAAGGCAGGAUCUCCCUGACAACCCAGAGAGGUUUACAUACUGGGAAAGUGUCCUGGGAAAAGAGGGUUUUUCUUCAGGGAGACAUUACUGGGAGGUGGAGGUUGGGGACAAGACUGACUGGACUUUAGGAGUGGUCAGGGAGUCCAUCAACAGGAAAGGAGAUUUUGAACUAAAUCCUAAUGAUGGUCUCUGGGCUCUCAGACUGGGGAGUGGGAAGUACUACUGGGCUCUCGCAGACCCCCCUGUGUCCCUCCACCUGAGUGUGAAGCCCCGGAAGGUGGGGGUGUUUGUGGACUAUGAGGAGGGUGAGGUCUCCUUUUACAGUGUGGAGGACAAGUCUCAUAUCUACACUUUCACUGGAUAUAAAUUCACUGAGAAACUCUAUCCAUACUUCAGCCCAGGCUUCUGGUACAGUCGUGACAAUUCAGCCCCACUGAUCAUAUCUCCUGUGAGUCACACAGACUGAAGAAACUGAUUUUAGCUUUCAAUGUC